AUGCCCCACAUUUCUGCCCACAUCAACGUGUCUGAAGUGAUGAAAGUGGGCCAAUCAAUGGCAGACUUAAGAGGGCUGGUGCAAGGACUUAUACACAGGAAUGCUGCUACAGAACAAGGGGAACAGCUUGCUGUGUUCCGUGCUCUGGAUGGACGAGCAUAUGUGGUAGAUGCCUAUUGCCCACACCUUGGGGCUAACCUUGCUGUUGGGGGCCACGUUGUAGGGAACUGCAUUGAAUGCCCAUUUCAUGGAUGGCAGUUUCGAGGUGAAGAUGGAAAGUGCAUUACAAUCCCAUAUGCUGAAAAAGUGCCAGACUUUGCAAAGAUUAAGACAUGGCCUUCAUGUGAAAUAAAUGGAAUGCUCUUUGUCUGGUAUCACUGCGAUGGUGUUGAUCCAAUGUGGGAUGUCCCAGAGCAGAAGGAGAUCACCUCAAAAGAGUGGGUGUAUCAUGGCCAAACAGAGCAUUUUGUCAAUGUACACAUUCAGGAAAUCCCUGAGAAUGGAGCAGAUAUAGCUCAUCUAAAUGCUGUCCAUGCAUCGGCUAUUUUGAAUGGAUCUGACCUGAGAUAUAUACGCUCCAAGCUGUGGGAUUUUGUGAAGCACACCUGGAAGGCAGAAUGGCAGCCAGAGCCUGAACCAAACAAUCACUGUGCCCAGAUGCUGGUUAAACAUGCCUUGACUGUGUUUGGAAAACACUUCUCCUUACUGGAUGUCAAUGUUACAGCUAAACAGGUGGGGCCUGGGUUGGUCUUUCUGAUCUUUGAACAUGAAUUCCUGGGUCGUGGGAUCAUUCUGCACACUGUGACACCCGUUGAGCCUCUCCUUCAGCAAGUUAUCCAUGAAAUCUAUUAUCAGAAAAACAUGCCAGCAAUAAUCCCAAAAUUCAUUUUGAAAGCAGAGUGCAUACAGUUUGAGCGUGAUAUAACAAUAUGGAAUAACAAGCAAUAUCUUGCUAAACCUCUACUGGUAAAAGAGGAUUCUGCAAUUCAGAGGUACAGGCGCUGGUAUGCUCAGUUUUACAGUGAGAAAAGCAAGAGAUUCACGUUCCAGAAGGAUGGACUGGACUGGUAAAGAAAGCUAUCCCCUGGACAGAAGUGGUAGAAGACAUUUAAAGGGCUGCCUUCCUCUCCAGUCCCUGAGCGGCAGUAGAGCUCAACCAAGUUAAGACUCACUGGCCACAUCUACACGAGGUGCUUGCUGCUCAGUAGCUCAUUACUACUGUGCAGUAGCAUCACCGGGCAUGAACCAUGAUGCGACACUACCGUGCAGUAGUAAUGAGCUACUGCACAGUAAGCAUCACUAGGCAACUGUGCAGGGCAUACAGUCAUUUCGUAUUGGGUUAUGCAAGUGCUAAAUGACUGCAGUAACUGCGCAGUGGGUGGCUCGUGUAGACACACCCACUGUCUCUUUUCAAUAUAAAUAUGACUUGGGUCUUUCUAGUCUGAUACUUGCUUGUAGUCAUAUACAACAUCUUCUAUGUACAGCUGAUGAAAUGCAGGCUUGUCAGUCAUGUGUGAGAUGCAAUACUUGCCCUGGUGUCUUCUGUAUCUCACUGCUUCUGUUAAUCAGGGAAAUUUACAUCAAAACUUGAAUGGGAUGAUUCAGUUAGGGAUGAUCCUGCCUUAAGCAGGGGGCUGACUUCAUGAGGUCCCCUUCAGACCUGCUUUCCUGAUUCCGACCUGCACUUUAGUACUUCCAUGUCACAUCAUUUAUCAAAGUCAUCCCUUGACAUCUGCCUUUCCAUAGCAAAUCACUGUGUCAAACCUAGAAAAUCACAAUGGGCAAGGCAACUUUGGGGGCACUUUAGGUAGCAGAUGCUCUGGGCUCUUGCUACUAAACAUAGAAAUUAGCAGGAGCGAAAAAUUGGUGAGGAUUAUUUAUAAGUGUUACCUAAUGGCUUUUUAGAGGAGGUGUGUCUAUACUGCAAUGUGGAGGAGUGAUUACAGCAUAUGUCAACCUACUGAGUCUAGCUGCAACCUUGUUAGCUCGGGUCCUGUUAUCUGUGUAGUCACAAGAGCACAGGCUCCAGCCAAGUACAGACCUGAAGUCUAGGGCAAACUUGCGCAGUCCACAUAAUCCUGUGCUGCCAGGGCUGCUCUGCUAUUGUGUCGCAACUACAAUCAGCUCCCAGUUGUAAUAUAGACAUACCAACCCUUAAUUUACCAGUGGGUUGUUAGCUCCUGGAUAACUAUGUAGAAAUACUUCAUGAAAUAGCAAUUUGUGAAGAGGGGGCAAGAAAUUAUCCCUUUGAUAAUAUAAAACCAACUCUCUUGGGGGAAAAAAAACACUAGUAACUAGUGAACAAGAUCAUGUUUAAUAUCAACUGAACAGCAGACUGCCAACAUUGGUGCCCUCAUAUUUUGUAGUGGAUGAACACUGAUCUCUGCUCAUCUGGCUAGAAAACUGCUCUACUUUCCAUUUGAUUUUGUGUGUCUGUGGCGUAAAGAUAAAAGAGCUGAAUUCUGCCCCAGUUCACACCUUAUGGAAACCCGUUUGGUUGGUCCAUUUAAGUCCAUAGAUAGCCUGACCUGAGAUCUUGAGGUGUUCAGUCAAGGUCUUUCAGUCAGUCUGUGCUAAUGGCUACGAAAAACAAAUGUACCCAGUGUGGAUCUGUUGGGAGCCGUCUGAACUAAUGGGUUGUUGCUGAUACUGUGCGCGCUGUACUGAGAGCUGGUGCCAAAGGAAUGCACUACUACAAAACAUUCUGUAAAAUGUCUCUUUUUAUAUUGUGUGACUUCUGUACUUUACGGAGACCUCUGCUUUUGUGUGGGCCUUUAGAACAAUGUCAACCUGGAGAGACCUCUUGAUUCACUGUUUUUUAUCUAGUCUCUUACUAUAUUAGUUUAGUUACAGUGUGAACUGCUUAAACUAGUCUGUUAAUUUCAGACUGCAGUAGGCAAUAAGGGAUUGUAUUUUUUUUACUGCUUGAAGACAGAAGUAAAGCGAAAAGACCUUUGGACACAGAAUUGCCCUAUGUACUACAUAAAGAAGGAAUAUAGAGUGAGCAUCAAAGUUGAACCUCUUCAACUACCUGGUGUUAUUGAUCUUGUGUUAAUGGUGAUGAGUGUCAGGAGUGAGGGCACUAAAUUUAAAUAUUUCUUGGAAGAAUCAACAAUACAGUGGAGCCAGGAGCAGGCUAAUGCAGAUCCAUGGUGGGCAUUGGUUUAAUUUCUGAUGGCAAGAACACCACAGUGGUGAGAUAUGAUGCAACUUGGAGUUGUUUGAUCCUUGCCUUUAGAAUCAGGCUUUUUAUAACCACUGUUCUUGUAUUAAAGGCUUU